AUGGCUGUUUUGUCAGGCAUCACGGACAGACUCCAUCAGAUCCUCACCGGUCACAACACCCACGAUGUAGAACAGGCCACGAUGGAGGUCUGGGACAAGGGAGUCUUCUUGAACGAACUCCAUAGACAAGGUUUGGUGCUUGCCACGGACAAGGACGGCAACCUGAGCGGAGACCUCGCGGCCACCCGGGGUCUUAGACGGGGAACCUACAAGGGCACUCGCUUGGCCUUGACUGAGCUUUACAACCUGAUUCAGGAGGCUGUUUUUUCCCAAUUCGACACCCAGUGCUAUGAACCCAUCAUCCCCCAGCGCCGAAGGCUGGCAGAAAAGCAAGCCAUUUAUCAAUGGAGCAAGACGGCUGAUGACGGAUAUCCUCCCCAUCUUCAUGUUCCCAAGGGGCAACAGGUGACGGUUGCGAAUGACGAUGGCCCAAUCUUCAACCAAGCUGAGCUCGGCCUUGUUAGCACCAUCUCACAGGCCCUUUCUUUUCUUGUCCCUCAAGAAAUCUCCCACCAAGGCACGCCGUACUAUGGACCUACUCUUGCUGAUGUUGAGGCGUACAAUCGCGAGCAUCCGAGCCCCAGCACCGACAUCAUGGACGGUAAGAACAUUGGCUUUUUGCCCGAUUGGUUUUCGGAUGCUCGCUUUGCCCAGCAGCACUUCAGCGGCGUCAACCCAACAACCAUUGCCGCCGCUCCCGCUGCAACAGUCCGGGAAUACGUGGCCCAGGCCAAGAAGCAGGGCCUCACCCACAUGGUAGAGCUGCUGGAGGCGGGCAAAGACUUGCUCAUCCAGGACUACUCCUACUUCCGCAAGGCAACCGGCCUCGGCGACAACGAGACCUUCAUCAACGUCAUCUACGAGCUCGACAACCCCAAAGACCCAAAGCCCACGGGAAGGACAGCGAGCCGAUAUGGCUGUGCCUCGGUCAUCAUCUUCCAGCUUCACGACGAUGGCCGCCUCCACCCCUUGGCCAUCACCAUCGACUACAAGGGCAGCCUCGACAACUCCGUCACCAUCUUCAACCAUCGCCUGCACCCCGAUGCCCUGGGGAGCGUGACUGAGGCGCAGGACUGGCCAUGGAGGUACGCCAAGACUUGCGCGCAGGCGUCCGACUGGGCAAGGCAUGAGAUUGCCGUUCACCUGGUCGAAACGCACUUGGUCGAGGAGGCCAUCAUCGUCGCCACGAACCGCACCAUCCCCGAGGACCAUCUCUUGUACGAGCUCCUCAGCCCGCACUGGUUCAGAACACUGUCACUGAACAAGGCUGCCCGCGACACGCUCGUGCCCUAUGUCGUUGCCAGAGUCGCGGGCUUAGGACCGAACUCUGACCCCAGCAAGUACACCACCAACCGCUGCUUCAAGUUCAUCCAGCACGCGUACAAGAACUUCAACUUUGUCGACAAGUACAUCCCCAACGAUCUCAAGAAGCGUGGCUUCGAUGUGGAGGGCGAAGCAAAGUCCUGCAAAUACCGCAAUUACCCAUACGCAACCGACAUGGUUUUCCUCUGGCACAUCAUGCGCGACUUUGUCAAGUCCGUCCUGGGGACAAAGUACAAGUGCGCCGCCGACAUCAAGAAUGACCCAUACCUUGCCGAUUGGUGCCUGGAGAUCCAGACAAAGGGCGAGCUUGCCAGUUUCCCAACCGUGACAACGGUCGACGAGCUCAUUGAUGCCGUCACCAUGUGCAUCCACAUCGCCUCCCCCCAGCACACGGCAGUCAACUACCUCCAGGACUACUAUUACAGCUUCGUCCCCUCCAAGCCGCCUGCCCUCUGCACGCCUCUUCCCACCUCUCUCGCCCAGCUCCAGUCCUACACGGAAAAGGAACUGACCGAGGCUCUUCCCAUCGGCACAGAAGGACCCAAGUGGAAAGACUGGCUGCUCGCCGCGCAGCUGCCCGAGCUUCUCAGCUUCAAGGUUGACCAAAAGUACAAUCUGUUGACGUAUGCACAGUCACUGUACAAUGUGAACAAGAGUAGGACGCAGAAGGAGAACGAGAGGGGUGAGCACAAGGUGAUGAAGGAGGCGGCUGCGAAGUUUUAUAGUCGGCUGAAGGAUUGCGAAUUUGUCUUCGAGCUUGUCUCUAAGUUUCAGACGCCCGGGACCGUUGAGUACAAGGUUUUGCAGCCCGAGUUCGCGGCUGUCUCGAUUUUGAUCUAA